AUGACCGAGGAGUUGAGCAAAAUGAGGAACUCAACGCACUGCGAGAUCGCAGACAUCAUGAAGGUGGCUCUGAGCAACGUGCGGGGGUUGAAGGGAGCGUUCGGCAGCCUGAAGAAAGUCACGGCUUGCUCGGAACAUUCGGGUCUCGGAGAGCUGUUGCGAAUCGGUGAAGAAUCGAUCACCGGGUUCGAAGAGAAGUCGAAUUCGGAAAUGGUGGGCCUAAUCGCGCUGCCCCUGAAAGUUCUGAGCAGCACGAAGUCGAUUUCUGAAACGAGAGAUAAAUUGUCGAAAGUCAAGGAAGAAGUCGCAGACACCUGUCCAGUAACCGGUACGACUCCCGCGCCACGAAACUUAGAAAUUCCACGCAAUCUGGCACGCACCAAACCCGCGGACAUUCUCCUAGCGAAAAUGCAGAAAAAACUCGAAGAAGCGACCAUCGAGGAACGAGGCUCUGACGAGGGUCUGAGCAUCUCGCUCGACAUUACCGCAAGACCGGAAACCCUCGACUUCGAUUCGGACGCGAUGAACGUAAGCGGAACAGGACAAGGCGCCGUCGCGGGAGCUCUUGUUCCCGUGAGCGUGAGUGCCGACGCUACGGCCUCUAAGCUCUGCGACACCUGGCUAGUCCUGAGUCGGAAACAGACUAUCAAUGAGAGACUUUUGUUCAAAAUGUACAUAAAAGUUCUGAGGAUGAGUCUACAGGUGUUUCGGAUGUAUAACUGGGAAAUCAAUUCCGCGGUGCGAUCCCAACUCAUCGAAACGAUGAGAAGUUGUCAUCAGGCACUCCGAGUGAAGUUCCCGAUGAUCUACGACAUCUUCCAAUCACUGGAAGCGAUUAUCGACAGCACAGACCGAGCCUCGUGGGAGAGACAGGUCAGCGUGCUCGACAGAACCGUACAAGCUAUGGCUAAAGAGAAGAUGGAACAGAAUCACCGUGGCACCGAAACGACGACCCCGAAUGUGCCCCAGGAGACGCCGAUGCUGAAAUCCCAUCCUGAGGCGCAAGCUCAGGAUCCUCCCACCUCAAUUAAACAAGAAGUCGAGGAAGUCCGGACUGCUGAAGGAGAGCCCAGUGAGUCACCCGUGGCGACCGCUCAGCAGAGUGAUCAGCUGGUGUCUCGCGCGGUUUCGCCAGUAAAAGAAAUUCUCAAUCCGUGCCCUUGUCCAGUUCAACCGUGGUUAGCGAGUCAAGAGCAGGUUGUGCCGGAACGACCCCCGAUGGACGAUGCGAUCGUCGGUGACAGCACAUUAGAACAGUUGAACAUGGUCUACGAGGCUGCUGUUCGGGAAAAUUCUCUUCCGAACUUUUGCAAAACCAUAGCCGAGCUGACUUGCCAUCGAGGAGUGCAGCUCGGUUGGCAGUGCUUCCGGAGACCCAGCGGUCCCCCGAAAUGCACCGAAGCCCUCAUUUCCACGUUCCUUGUCAAAGAUCUGAUGAAUGAUAAUUCAACGCACUGCUGCACACGCGACCUUAUGUUGCUGUGGUGCAGAGUUCUCAAAGGUCGGCAAGUGUCCCCGCAUCAAAUAACCCGUCUCGCUGCGAACUUCUUGGUGGAACGAACCGAUAUCUCAGGCCAUUUUUACCUCAUGUUCGACGUACUGUUCGAGGAGUUCGGACCCGUGAACGUUCCGGUCCUCAUCGAGCUCAUGUUGAGAGGAAUGGGCAUAGACCUUAACGGUAUCGAGGAGGCCAAAAUGCUCGGCGAUAACGCUCUGCGUGAGGACAUUGAAGUGAAUCUCGGACGGAUGAUGCUCAAGAUGGCCGCCAUCUUCGAGGAUCAUCCCCAUGUUAUGCGCGAAUGUGUCUUCUCGUCGUUCACCGUUCAUCCCACAAGAGAAGCCUUGCAAAUGCUCAGGGCUUUGUCCCUGCGAAUCUGCGGUCACAAGAACUGUACCUGCAGCGGGGGACAAGAUGAAGACCAACGAGAACCAGAGCAAGAAGGACGACCAAAGUUCGAAGUUUUGCCCGGAGACCAUAUGUUUUUCUACGAACCGAUUCUCGACUCGCGUAUAGAGGGCGUUGACUAUGAGAUGCUCGAAGACAUGGUGACAGUUCUACACGCUGUUCGAACUCCAUGUUUUUCUCUGAAAGACGAUUGGGAAGCGUAUUUCACCGAAUUCUACAGCACAGGACGGGGAUCAACCUACAGGACUGAAGUGCGACGAAUUUCGGAGGCACCAAUCACCAGUAGCGAUAUUGAAUGCACCGAAGAUUCUGAGAGCGAUUCGGACAGCUCGGCCGAGAGUUCAGAAUUCCUUCGACGAUAUCGAGAUCAGCAGAAAAAAGCGGCAUUGCACAUAAGAAACGGUCGCAAAGCAGCUGGCGCGUGUCAUAAGCUCAAAACGAAAGAGAAGAAUAGGCCAGCCGCCGCCCGCAGGUCGGCUCGUCAGUUAGAAAAGGAAAACAAAUGCAAAUCGAUGAUGAUCCGUGGUCAGGCGGUGUCCGUCGUCAUACCCCAGGGUAGUCCGAAGGUUGUGAUGGUCUCACCGCAGCACCUGCAGCGUGUCCCAAUCAUCACUAGCGGCCAGAAGGUUGUCAUGAAUGGGCCGAGAGUCCAGGUAGCUGUUGCCGCUCCGGUCGCAGCUGGCAUACCGCAGUCGUCCGUACCUCAGACAACAAAUAUGACACCGGUGGCCAUAAAGACCGCGCUCAGCGCCUUGCACGUCCCCGUCCAGCGCCAACAAACUGGUGGUCGAGAGGUGAAACUCGUGUCUCCCAUCACGAGUCCCCAGGCUAAAACGCAGCUGGUGAACGGACCUUUCCAGCAACCGAACUCAAUCCAGCAGACCGUCGUGGUAUCGUCCUCUGCGGCUCCCGCGACGGCGGCGAGAACAGUGUCCACAAUACAACAAGUUUCGUCCUUACCGUCGACCCCUCAGCGGACGUUCGUGUCCGCAACGCCAACCGUUGUAAUUUCAUCGACACCGACAGCUGCGCCGAAACCUACAGCUGCAACGACGACGGGGACGCCAGCGCCGACGAGCGCCUCGCAAAACAAAACCCCCAAUUUUCGAGCGAUCCUCGAUCGGUUCGACAAUCUUUCGGGAGUUUCCCUCGUUCCGCCGUCGUUCCAGGAUUGUCCGGUGAAGUUUCACGUGAUCGACGGGCCUCUCAAGGCACCGAACGUCUUGAUACGAAAUCCCAAGAAACUACCGGCGGCUCCCCUCCUACCGACGAUCACCCGGAGUCCGGGGAGAGCAAACUUUCCCUCGAUGCCUCCAGAUCCUACGCGGGGGAAGAUAAGCUCAGAUCUUCUCCGCAGACUCAAGGAGGAGGUCGACAACAGGUGUGUCAGCGCUCCGAUUACGCAGUUCUUCAAGCACCAGCAGCGUAAGCCGAUAUUCACGAACAAGAAGGAGGUAGCCGUCAAGUUUAGCAUCCGUAAGCAGGGCCCGGCCACGCCAACCGCCCCCGGAAAUCAAACUCCCACUGUCAUUCAAGCAGCUAAGGUGAAUACAAUUGCCGUUAGCGUUCCGUCGACGAUGGUCAAUAGCAGCAGUCCAAGUAGUGCGGCGGUGACGGUUUUAUCUGCUGGCAGUCAGGGGGCUUCGGUGGGCGGUGGUGGUGGGGUCAAGCCGGAGGUCAAAGUUGAAGGGGGAGCUCAAACCAGGACGACUCAGAUCCUGGCGCCCCCAGGGCCUACCAUAAAUAUCGUGCACGCGAGACCUCAGGUGCAGCAACAAUUACCAGUGUCUGUCCUGCGUCAUGUGACGCAGGUUCCUGCACCUGUGGCGGUAACAACGAUCAAAGACGGGCAGGGAACGCCGCAGAAUGUGCUCAUGAAGAUCCUCACGAAUCAGACGUCGACACUCCAGAACAAGACGGCCACGGCGACGGCAGCGAGCCCGGCCACGAUCGAAAUGACUCCGACGGGUACUUUGACAUCAAUUCCUCAAACCGCUUGCGUGCCCCAUGGUCACGGUGGGUCUCAACCGGCCGCCCCCUCGAUGGUGCAAUGCCAACAGAUUCAACAGACAGUUGUUUCGGCCCCUCAAGCUACCGUCAUGGUAUCAGGACCUCAGCAGGUCGUGAGUACGAUGACGGCAAACGCCGAUUCGUUGAAACUGGUUCAGUCAGCGGUUCAGCAAGUUCUUUCUGGUCAAAGAUUGGGUACGGGUCCGGGGGGACCUAAUGGUCAACCGGUUCAGGUCCGGGUUCGAUUCAAUCCUCCGAACGCCGGCGGUGCACCCAUGGGCGCCGUGAAUCAGCUCAGUCUCCAAGUACCUGCGUCUUCUCAGGGUGCGACGUCGCAACCCAAUCAGCAACAGCGAAUCGUUGCUGGCAAGAUCAUGUUACUACAACAAGGGACUAUAGCAACAUCCGUCAAUGGAGUACCCGUCAUCAUCCUGAAGAACCAGGGAGGAACGCAACAGUUUGUUCAAGUGCAGCAAGUGCAGCCAGGAGGCAACACGGGCGGAAUGACUCCCGGAGCUGUUCAGACCGUUCAGGUCGUUCAGCGGCCAGUCACGCCUAGUCAAACUCCUGCGCCGCAGAGCCCCCAAACUGUUCACAUAAAGCAGAACGCUUCGGGGACUCCCCCUCCGAUGGGCGCUGUUGUAAUAAAGCAGCCGGUUGGGACACCUCUCUCACAGGUCCUGAAAUCCGGUGCAAAGCAGACAGUUGUCGUGAGCCAGUCUGGUCAAUCCGGUCUGAAUCGAUUACCGAUUCAGGUGAGUGACAGUACCGGUAUCGUCAUCUCAAAGUGGAUCACAGGUGUCAGUGGCUUCUGCAGGUGGCUCGAUGGUUGUGGCAAAUGCAGUAGCAGGCCAACCCCACCAGAUAGCCGUGGACAGUCGACAUCAGUUGGCGUCAUCAACACAGCCGGUAAUAUCCAACAGAUCCCUGCGACAAUAUCGCAAGGGGCCCAACAGAUUCAGCAGGUUGUUCAGAUCGCCAACUCGUCGACAGGAGGUUCAGCAAUAACUUCGCAGGCCAUCAUGGUCAGCCAGGCCGGUCAGAGACUCGUGACGGUCUCGCCGGAUGUCCUGCAAGCAGCUGUUAAAUCUGGCCAGACAAAGAUUAUUACCUACAAACCAGCAUUACAGCAGCCGCUCGCAGGCGGGAAGGCCAAGGUGGUCGCCGCGGAGGUUGUGGCCACACAACAGCAGCAACAACAACAGCAGCAACAGGCUCAACAACAAGGGACGACUGUGAAAGUUUCUCAGCCAUCUGUUACGUCUGCCAAAACUUCGGUCAUCUCGACCGUAUCCUCUGUGCAAGGUCAGACGACUAGUGGUGCCAUUAUCAUUUCGGCGGGUCAGCAAACGUUGCAGCAGCAGCAACAGCAACAAUCAACGCAACAAAUCAUCCGGGUGCAAACUCCGGUUCAGGUGAAACGCAUUGUUCCCUCGGCUUCGCUCAACAACGUUAUCAGCAGCCAAAACAAGCUGAACAACAACAACGGUAACAACAGCAACAAUAAUGUUCCUGUCGGCGUGAUCAGCAAUUGUGCAACGACGGUAGCGACUUCAGCUCAAGCGGGUGCGGUUGCCGUCAAUAAGAUAAGCACCGUUGCGCACGUGCUGAAAGCCCCGAUCGUUGCUCGUCAAGUGUCCGAGAAGGAAAGGCUCCGUGAAAUCACUCCUGUCCUCGACGAAGACGCACUCAUGGAACAGAUCAUGGCUGCCGAAGUCAAAGAGCAGAUGCAAGCCUUCAAACGCUCCCCGUUCCAGCAAGUCAAGGACGAUCGGUUGGAAAACGGGUUCGUCGCUCUCGAAGACAAAGACGUCACCACUUGUUCUGUCCGAAAACGGCGCCGCUUGAGCGACGACGCAGAUGAUCUGAGAUCCGUAUCGGAUGCGUUGAAGUUCGCGAUCAUGAGCGAAACAGGCUCCGUGAUCGGUGAGGACGAGGUCGAUCCCGAGAUCACAAUCGAAAACGAAAUGUCGAUAUCCCUGCCGCUCUCGAGCGAAGGCGAUCUGACGGAUCAGGAGGCCGACGACGAGACAACCUUGUCGACCACUACCACUACCGCCACAGCCGAUGAAGGUCCUCGGCGUAAAAGGCGUCGGAAAGGUAGCAGGAGCGGUAUUCUCACAGAGUCGGCGCUGCACGAGCACAACAAACGAACACAGCAAACCGCUGCGCAAGCCAUCAUCGAAGCCGAAGCCGCCAAGAUAAUGGAGUCCGUUAACGGCAUGCGUCAACAACAGCAGCCUCUAUCACAGCAGCAGCAACAACAACAGCAACAACAGCAGCAGCAGCAGUCGGCUCAACAUCUACAAUCGCAGGUGCUAAACGGUAAAUCGAUAAGUGUUCAAGUGAUUACCGGCCACCACAAGUCGAACGAUGAAAACCUUGAUCGGGGCCGUACGAGCGGAGUUCAACUAACUCCAACAAGCGUUAUCAGCACGCCCGACGAAGACAACACGAAAGGCAACGUACAGAUGGUCAUGGUCACUCCAAGCCUCGCGAAGGAUGGUCCAUCCUCCUCCGCGUCAGCCUCCCCUCUAGCCAAGAAGAAAGGACCGUAUACGAGCAACAGUAAGGAAGAAGCUGGUGCUUCGCGCUACAAAUGUCAGGAAUGCCAAAAGGGAUUCUUCUCGGCCUACAACCUACGACGCCACAUGAAGAACGUCCAUAAGAUCGAGAUGGCUCCCCCAGUCCUUCCGACAACACCACAGAGACGGACGGAACAAACAUCCUCGCAGCUCAUGGCAGCCCUCAACGGAGGCGUUUCGCCGGGAACGAGCCUCAACGAUUCAGAUCUUGAUGAUGGUUCUCUCGAUCAAUUCAUGGUCAUCAAUCCGAGUCCAGUACCCCGGAAUGCGCUCACCGCAUUGCUGGAAGCUCCUCCGGUCAAUUCGCCAAAUCUUUGAAACUUUCUCGCUCAGGAUCCCAAAUCUCCUCAGACAUCGAGUCCUCUCUGAGAAUUCGCUUCCCUCUGAACCUGUUGACGAGAGGAGCAAUUCAAUAUUUUACCGUCCCGAUUUGAAUAGUGAGAAUUGAAGAGACACAUGAUUGGGGUUUUGCAAGAUACUGGUUGCCU